AUGCCGAUGAAGGAAUGGAUCUACCGGCUCCAGCCAGUACAGCUGUACAUCGUUCUGGUGCUAUCGAUAGUGUACUUUCUGGUCCAGCUCUUCCUUAGUCACAUAUCCCAUGCUUUGGUACUGUUGGUCGACUCCUAUCAUAUGCUCUGCAACAUUAUCGCACUCACCGGAUACAUUUUAACCAUCAAGCACAGCAAAAAAUCUUCCACCUCGGAGAGCUGUCGGCAGCGUUUGACUGUGUCGCAGAAUUCACUAAAUGUUGCCAACGGACAGCAGGACUUCGUCGAGCUGUCGGUACCGAGCGAUGCGGCGGUCGAAGUUUGUCCAAAUCCAAAAGAAUCCGAAAGUCCGGCCAGCGUGAAGCAGAAGGUUAAAACGAAAAGUCGCCAACAGCGGGAAACCAGUUUGAAGAACACCUUCGGUUGGACCCGCAUCGACGUUCUGACCAUGUUGGUGGUGUGCAUCUUUCUUGCCUCGUUCUGCUUUUCGGCCGUGGUGGAAGCUCUGCAAACACUGUCGCACAUCCACCAUCAGGACGCGAUGCAUUAUCCGAUUCCGGUGCUGAUACUCGGUUCGCUGGGCAUCAUCCUGAACGGGUUUUGCUAUCUGCUGAUCGGAGGCUACACCUACCAUCAGGGGAGCUUUCUUUAUAUCACAUCCAGCGGGGAUGUCGUGCUGGAUCGAGUCGUCACCGGUGAUGGCAUGCGGAAGGGCGAACGACGCCUGUCCGGUUCACGUAAACAUGUGGCCGCCGGCGUGAAGUAUGAGUCACCCAAGCGACAGAGCGUGCGCGAAAUGAUGAGAGAUAUUUGCAGUACUCUCUUUGUUAUAGUUUGUUCGAUGAUCGUUCACUACACCAACGAAGAUGAAGAUACAUCCAAAUUUGUGGAUCCUUUGUGUUCUAUCUUAUCCUGCAUCGUUUUAUUAUCGCUAAGUUAUCCUUACAUGAAGGAAUCCGGUAUGAUACUGCUGCAGACUAUACCGGAUACGAUCGAUAUCGACAUUUUCGAAAGAUCUCUUAAGGAAAGUUUUCCGGAUAUUGUCAGCGUGCACGAUCUCCACAUCUGGCAGCUCAGUUCGAAUAAGUACGUGUCCACGGCACACAUCAUCUUCGAGACUCCCAAGGUCUACUCAGCGAUCAACGACCAGGUGAUAAACUUCUUCCACGACCAGGGCAUCAACCAGGUAACCAUUCAGCCGGAAUUCAAAACGAAACUUCCGGUGCUUCCACUGCUAGCUGCCCCAGCUGAUGCACCGGUUUCCGCUGGAACCACCACCAGCAGCUUGUGCCUGAUGCAGUGCCGACAGGUCGGCUGCCUGCAGAGACACUGCUGCGACAAUAUUACCAAAGAUGAUGGAAAGAAGUCCCCCGUAUCGCCCACGGAAACACCAACACCAACGGCACCACAACCGUUAGAUCCAAAGGAAAGAUCAGAGGAUAUCCCGCUGGAAGUUCAUUGCACUCGACCGAUCGAAAGUGUCGAUGCAAGUAGCGGCGAAGCCCAAGCGGUAGCGGACCAACUACCUGCUGCCGAACCUGUUACCGUUUCAGACAACGAUGCUCAAACCUUAGAUAACUCCACUAAAACGCAACAAGAUGAAUCGAAGGAUCACUAG